GCGGGCGCAAGGCAGACGCAGCGUGCGGGGCCCGGGACUGGGAGCGGCUGGGGCAGGCACCGCAGCACGCCCCGUGCGCCCCCGCGUCUGCGGUCGAGGGACUGCACAGAAUGGGUUCCCGGGACUGAUUCUUUUCCCAGGAAACAUCAAGCACUACAGGUCUUUGCCUGAGCCUGCCCUUUGCUCGCUUCUAUCAGUAGAACGAGGAUUGGACACGAAGCUUGAGCGGGUCCCUAGGUCAAGGAUAUAUAAUAAGCGAACGCUCUGUCCGCCCUUCUAAUUGGUGGCUGGGAAAAUGCAUGUGUGUGAACAUUUGCUGGGGUCCAGGAGUGAGGAUAAAGUGGGCGGCACCCCGAGGGUGCUCUCUCCUUUCUCACCCCUCUCGCUUCUCUGAGCGCGUCCUACUGCGGUUGCCUGCCCUUUGAAUCACAGAAUAGCCGGCAGCGUCUCGGGUCUAUUGGAGAGCGCAAGUCUGGAGGCGUGGAGUUUAACUACCCCCCAAAAUCACAGCCUAUUAGACGCUGUUUCUUCACAGCCAAUGAGAGGGUUUUUGGGGAGGGACACACCCACUGAUACCAUGUGGGCCGGAACUAUGUGGACCAAUGAGGAUUGGAGGUGGAUUUUUUUUUUCAACGAGGGGGCAGGUUGAGUUGAGGGUUUGUAAUUGUAAUGUACACCGGAGAAAGCCGAAGUGCAUUAUUUCACAAUCUAAAGCUUGUAUAUAUAAUGGUAGUUUGUAAAAUGUACCUUCCCCACAGGACGUUGUGGGAUGUAAAUGUGUAGGUCGAGUUUACAGCUGGUUUUUCUUAGCUGAACCUCAUUCAACUGGUUACUUCUUUGUGGGUGUCUUUAAUGAAGCUUAUAAAUGGCAAAAAGCAAACAUGCUCUUUUGCCUUUCUGCCAUGGGAUGAUGCAGCAAGAAGGCCCUCACCAGAUGCAGUCCCUCGAUCUUGGACUUCUCAGCCUCCAGAACUCAUUCCCAUGGUUUGGCAUGGACAUCGGUGGAACGCUGGUUAAAUUGGUGUAUUUCGAACCGAAGGAUAUUACAGCUGAAGAGGAGCAAGAGGAAGUGGAGAACCUGAAGAGCAUCCGGAAGUAUUUGACUUCUAACACUGCUUAUGGGAAAACUGGGAUCCGAGACGUCCAUCUGGAACUGAAAAACCUGACCAUGUGUGGACGCAAAGGGAACCUGCACUUCAUCCGCUUUCCCAGCUGUGCUAUGCACAGGUUCAUUCAGAUGGGCAGCGAGAAGAACUUCUCUAGCCUUCACACCACCCUCUGUGCCACGGGAGGCGGGGCUUUCAAAUUCGAAGAGGACUUUAGAAUGAUUGCUGACCUGCAGCUGCAUAAACUGGAUGAACUGGACUGUCUGAUUCAGGGCCUGCUUUAUGUCGACUCUGUUGGCUUCAACGGCAAGCCAGAAUGUUACUAUUUUGAAAAUCCCACAAAUCCUGAAUUGUGUCAAAAAAAGCCGUACUGCCUUGAUAACCCAUACCCUAUGUUGCUGGUUAACAUGGGCUCAGGUGUCAGCAUUCUAGCUGUGUACUCCAAGGACAACUAUAAAAGAGUUACAGGGACCAGUCUUGGAGGUGGAACAUUCCUAGGCCUAUGUUGCUUGCUGACUGGUUGUGAGACCUUUGAAGAAGCUCUGGAAAUGGCAGCUAAAGGCGACAGCACCAAUGUUGAUAAACUGGUGAAGGACAUUUACGGAGGAGACUAUGAACGAUUUGGCCUUCAAGGAUCUGCUGUAGCAUCAAGCUUUGGCAACAUGAUGAGUAAAGAAAAGCGAGAUUCCAUCAGCAAGGAAGACCUCGCCCGGGCCACAUUGGUCACCAUCACCAACAACAUUGGCUCCAUUGCUCGGAUGUGUGCCUUGAAUGAGAAUAUAGACAGAGUUGUGUUUGUUGGAAAUUUUCUCAGAAUCAAUAUGGUCUCCAUGAAGCUGCUGGCAUAUGCCAUGGAUUUUUGGUCCAAAGGACAACUAAAAGCUCUGUUUUUGGAACAUGAGGGUUAUUUUGGAGCCGUUGGGGCACUGUUGGAACUGUUCAAAAUGACUGAUGACAAGUAGAGACGAGCAGUGGAGGAAACAGCCUCCCAAAAGGACAGAGAACUAAAAAAUUGCUGCUGGAGAAGGUGAAAGUCGCUUUGGGACGGAAGCCAAGCCAUUAUGGCAGAUGAACCUGCUGGAUUUGUAAAUAAUUUAAAAUCCUUCCAGAUGAUCUUUUACUCUUAGGUUUUGAGCUAAUGAUUCAAAACGGGGGAAUAUAAAAGGUUUUUUUUCUGUAUACUGUAUUUUUUUAAAAAAAUGGUGCAGCGUGGCCAAACCUACCAAUUGUUUGCAUUAACUUUGAAAAGUUGUUUGAUGUUUAAGAAAGACCUGGUAUGUAAGCGCUGUUCAUUUUUCUUCUGGGGUUUACUGAUCAGUGUGGUGAUUUUAACUUCAUUUAGUAAUUACUCUAGGAGAUUUUACCUUGACUCAUAUUUUUCAUGACGUUUCAUGAUUUGCUGUUGGUUUCAAAUGAAACUACAAAUCUGGCAUGUUUUACUGUGAACACUUUUGUUAUUUGUUUUGUACGCUUUUUUGUCUUGUUUUUCUGUUUUAGUUUUCUUAUGAAAAAAGAGAGUCCUUCCCUCUGUUUCUGUCCUCAGAUGAUCUCCCUCCCCCUACCUGUAACCUUUCUUUGACAUAACUGUUCAUAUCAAUGAAGGUGCUGACCAGCUCAAUACAAAGUUAAGCACAAGAUCUAAAGCUCUUGGAAAUGCCCGUGAAGAGAAGACUGAAUGUGUUAAUGAAUUUAAUGAGUCUGGCAAAAGUUGCAAAUUAUACGCAAGUUUGUCUUAUCGCUUAUAAAUGUAGUGUUUCAUUGGAUUUAUUUUAUGCUAGGUUAUAUUAAGUUGAAAUAGUCUGUGAUGAAAUGUCCUCAUCCAUGCAUAGAAUAUGAAUGGCAGCAAAUCUUUGUGCAAGAAGUUUGAAACUUAUUGGGAAAAGCCUCCCAGUAGAUUAAUUGUUCAUAUCAGGAGAUUUAGGGUAAGUCAUGGGUUGAGGUGUCAGAUAGUAAUAUCUAUUUGUUUUGUACAUGUAUAUAUCUAGGAACUUUGUAACAACACAUCUUCAAUAAUGUUAAAGUUUUUUUCAUUUUAAAUAUUUUAAACUAAAAACUACUUCAAUCUCAGUUUCUAAAAUUCAAAAUAAUUUAUACUGAUCUAUAUAUUUUUUCUUUUUGAAAGAUUUCAUUAAGACUGAUGGGUAACUUUCAAAUGAGGGUCAUGUACAAAUAUUGGGAUGCAUGAGAUCCCAUGAUCUUGUGUAUUGAGCUUAUUGUUGAAAGGGAUUUUUGAAGGACAGAACAAUUACUCCAUGAUGAAUCUUCCUUGCUCUGCCUUCUGAGCACUGUCUUUAAUUUCCAUAUCUUCAAGUCUUGAAGAAGUUGAUGUUAAUUGAAGAAUUCACUUGUCUGGUUGAAAUAAAGCCUGUUUCUGUUGUGA